UACUGCCAGUCGGACGGUGCCUAUCAAACAGUUAACACGCACGGCUGAGUGAUUUAUGAAAAUGCUAUACCGUAAUAUCGUAAUUGUGAAGAGUGCGAGUGACGUGGCACCGCGCAGCUCCUGCUCGCGAGUCCAGCUCACGAUCGCCGAGUCGAGAUUGUAGCCGGAUGAAAUGAUCGGUGAGGCGUCUCGAGAACACGCUUUGCAUGUGACGCCUAAUCAAUUAGUCGCACGAGGCGUUAUAGAGCAGCUUGACUCUCUUAUCUCCGGACGGGGCGUCCCAUUAUCAAAUUGUACACACAAUAAGUUUCAUGAUGCAAUCUCUUUUGUGAGUUUCGCUCUCAUUCGCCGGUAGAACGUCGAAGCGAUUCGUCGCGCGUCAACGUCGGCCUAUCGAUCUAUUUCAAAAUGGUCGAGGAAGAAAAGAAAGAAUCGCCCCCGACGCGGACAAAAAAUGCCUCCGCAGUGACAAUCGCUGAAGGAGCGAGUGAGCUCUACAAUCCAUUCGAGUACAGGAAGAAUAAGCAUGGCACCACUAACCUCGGCGCAGCCACGCACUUGAUCAAGUCGUCGCUGGGCUCGGGCAUCUUGGCGAUGCCAAGCGCGAUCAAGAGCGGCGGCCUGCUGUUCGGCGGCGUGGGCACGCUGCUGAUCGGCGUUCUGUGCACGCACUGCGUGCACAUCCUGGUGCGCUCGUCGCAGGCGCUCUGCCGCAAAGCGAGGGCGCCGCAGAUGACGUACGCCGAGGUCGCGGCGGCGGCCUUCGAGCACGGGCCCGAGCCGCUGCGUGGACACGCCGCCCGCGCCAGGAGCCUGGUCAACUGGACGCUCUGCGCCACCCACGUCGGCGGCAUCUGCGUCUACGUGGUGCUGAUAGCCACGGGCCUCAAGCAGUUGGGCGAUCAUUACUGUGGCCGGGUGAUCGACGUGCGGAUAUACAUGCUGUGUCUGGCUCCGGCCCUCCUGCUCAUCGGCCAGAUCAGGCACCUGAACAUUCUCGUUCCCUUCUCGAUCGUCGCCAACCUCAGUCUGACUAUCAGCCUCGCCGUCACGCUGUACUACGUGCUCGGUGACAUACAACCGCUUGACAAGCUACACUUGAUCGCUGACUGGCACCAAAUGCCCAAAUUUUUCGCCACUGUCAUCUUUGCCAUCGAAGGAAUUGGUACUGUGAUGCCGAUCGAAAACAGCAUGAAAAAUCCGAAAAACUUCAUCGGCUGCCCCAGCGUCCUCAACAUUUCGAUGAUGGUCGUCGUCACGCUGUACACGCUGACGGGGCUGCUAGGUUACAUGAGCUUUGGGGAUGCAGCUGAUGGCAGCUUCUCCAACAAUCUUCCGAUCGAUAAGACCAUUGGACAGAUCGCCAAGUUGUUGGUCGCACUCUCCGUCACGCUAACUUACGGACUACAGUACUUUGUGCCCAUGGAAAUUAUAUGGACAGCUACGAAGCACAGGUUCGGUCACAGGUGGGAAAAUGUUGGGCAAACAGUUUUGAGGGUGAUCCUAGUGCUGUUCACAGUCUGCGUAGCUAUAAUCGUACCAACUCUCGCGCCGUUCAUCUCACUAGUAGGAUCGAUUUUUUUCUCGAUCCUUGGAAUCUGCUUUCCAGCGAUCAUAGAAACGGUGUCCUGUUGGGAUGGCCACCUCGGUUCUGGCUAUUGGAGGGUAUGGAAAAACGUUUUUCUGGUUCUUUUCUCACUCGGUGCACUAGUUACAGGCACUUGGGUUUCUGUACUUGACAUUCUGAAGUUAUACAAGUAAAAUUGAUGAUUUACUCCAUGACUUGUCAAGUGACAAUACACGGUAUUGAGGUGUUAAUAAUGACUGAAGUCGAGUGUCUUAUCUGUUAUACAUUUAGUACUGUACAUAUUUAUGCCUAUGAAUAGAUUUGUUAAUUUAAUUAUUACAUCAGUUGAACGGGUUUACGACUAUACAAUGCGUGACAUUUUAUACAUAUAAUCAACAACGAAAAUCUA